CGAUGGAAGCGAUCGGCUGUUUUUGUUGACAGCACCAACUUCUUCCCUGUUGUACAGCAGCUGUUGCCACAACCUGAUUCGCCAAACUUCGCCUACGGAAGUUUUCGUUUCUUUGCCUUCUCAAAGUAAGGAAGACACUGCUACGCACUCUGAAAAUAAGAGGUUUUCGUUCAAGUUUCCUGGCUGAUAUCAAAAUGGGUAACAAGCUGACGAAGUCACGAAAGAAGAUCGAUAAACCGACACCUGCCGUAUAUCCUAAUCAACCGGUGCGGCCGUUGAGGAGAUCAGUCGAGGGAAAUACAAGCGUUGUAUACUCUAAUUUUCCCCGAAUCGUUGCUGAGUUGCAUCAUUAUCGGGGUUCUGUAAGAAACCUAGAAGACGAAGAUGAAGAAGAUGAACAACCCAGAAGGUUUCACGAAGAGGUUCACUGUUGUGUUUUUUCGCCAGACGACGAAGCUCUGCUUUUGACGUCAACUACACCGAUUCCUUGUGGACCGUUUACCCCUGAUAUCGGAUGUGGCCAUUUAAGAGAAUUUGACAUCAACUCAGGGUCCUGCAAAAGGGAACUCCUCACUUACCACUCGCAAGAGUGUGACAUCUCAUCCGACGGCAAUCUUGUAUCUUUCAUUACUAAUUCUGGACAAGGAGAAGUCGCGCUUGUCAAACGAAACCGAAGUUCUUAUGCUGAAAUCGCAGAGCGAGUGGAUAAAUUUCAACCUUGUUGCAAUGGAAUGACUGGUCAAACACUUUGCUGUAAGUUUUCACCAGAUGCUCGUCACAUUGUUAGCGCUGCUUCUCUUGAUUUUCACAGUAUGAGGGAGACCAACGAGUUGCGAUUGUGGAACGUGAAGUCCAUGCAGAUCGAGGCGAGAGUUGUUUUACGCGAUAUAACAGACUUCUGUGGCUUCGUUACCCGUUGUGAAUUUUCUCCGGAUGGUCAGUACCUCGCUGUCUCGACUUCCAAAGAACAACUGUGUAUCUUACGCAGCAAAAAUCUGGAUGUCGUGACCGUUUUAAGGAGAAGAUGCCGAGGAAAUGUGUGCUGGAGUAUUUUUAAUCCUGCGUGGAGAUUCGAGGUGCUUGCGUGUUGUAUGCAGGACGGUCGCGUGGAAAUCUGGAACAAGGUUGAAGUUCAUUCAAGUGCCCAUGCUGGAGAACUGCGCUAUGCGCGGGAGAAAGAACGUAAAGUAUCAUUUUCCCGACUGUUGCACUGCUGUCAGUAUUCUCCUGACGGGAAGAUGAUUGCUGUUGGAACGUCAGAUGCCAAUAUUAUUAUGCUUGGGGCUGAAACUCUGGAUUCACUGUUUUUAUUAGAAUGCAUAAAAGAACCUAGCCCUUUUGGUCUCAGGAUUCAAAAUACCAUUGUUUACUCCAUUGCUUUUUCUAAAUCCCAACAGUAUGUAGCAGCUGGUUACAGUGAUAGUAUGGUUCGAGUUUGGGCCAUGCCCAUGAGAUUUGACUUGCAACAUUUGUGCAGAGUGGUGAUCUUGCACAGUGUGCCAGGAAAUAAAAUCAAUUCACUUCCAGUACCCAAUGGUAUCAAAAAUUACCUCUUAAACAACUACAAAUGAAUGAUAGUCAACUAAACAGGUUGAGGACUGAAAUUACUCUAUAAUUAGUGCUACGACUAGAGAAUUCAGGCUACAAUGUGAUAUUCAAAUAGAAUCAUUUUAGUUGAUUUGAAGAAAGACGAACAGUCACCUUAGAUGUAAUCUACAGAAAACUCCAUGUGCAUGGAUUUAACAGGUAACUUGCAUAUUAUGCGUCAACCAAUUUGAAGCUUCAACUUCCCUCCCUCCCCCCAUCGGGCAACCCUUUGGGCAUUUGAACUUUUGAGGAUAUGGAUUGUGUAAAAAUUAUAUUCUGUAACACAUUGACUGAGCUUUAAAACCAAGAUCUUUUUUUCUAAGCCAUUUCAAUGUGAAAUUGAACUAUCACCUACCAGUUACCUUUAAACACCUCAGACUCCAUUCCACUCCAUUUCCAUGCCACUGAAAACACUUGACCCUUCUGGUUCAAAUUCCCCAUCCAGGUAUGGACAAUGGUCAAAUGGUCAUGGGUUGUUUGGGGUAUACUGAAGCUUUGAAUUGAUUGGCACAACACAUGCACUGACAUGUAACUGUAUUGUUGGCAAAAACCUAAUGAAUUAAAUCAUUCCAGGUAGCUAAAGUUAUUUGGAGCAAUAUUAAAAUAUUUUUAAGUUAUCACACAGUGUUGCAUUUUGUCAAUCAUUAUUUUUGAAAUCAUUUCUCAUCUGGUGAUUUAACAUGGUAUAUUUCAAGAUAAUGCCUCUGGCUAGGAAGAAAUUAGGGACACAGUCUGUGAAAAAAACAUUGUAUGAUUACUGAUAUUUUUCAUUCUCCAUAGCAAUUAUUGGAUGAGGUUGGGCAUGACAUCAUGAAUUAUCAAUGUCAAGGUCUCAGUUAUCUGCCAAAGCCAAAGGCAGAUAACACAGACAUGAGGUUUGAUAGUUCAUGAUAUUACGUACAUACCAAAUUCAUUAAUUAUUAUUGUAUGAUAUUUUUUAAACAAUCUGCUAAAAAAGAUAAUUCCCUCUGAGUUUGCAGAAGUUUGAAGUAUGGUUCUGAGGGAAACAGUUAGUUUUGUUUUCCCAAGAGUCCUGACAUUUCC